CCCCUUUUUGUUUACAAAAUUCGACUUCAUUUGAAAUUUUUAAAAUUUUUAUUAAAAUAUUAGAAAAGUGGAAUAAAAUUAUUAAUUUAAGGAAGUUCAUUAAAUAAUAACAAUGGCUCAUUACAAGGGAGCUGCUAGUGAAGCUGGAAGAGCAAUGCAGCUUCUUAAAAAGCGGGAGCUUCAGCAACAAGAAACUGAGCUGAGAAAAAAGAAAAUCGAGGAAGAUUUGAAAGUUCAGAAUAUUGACAGCAAAUUUGCAUCACAUUUUGAUGCCGUUGAAAUGCAGCUGAAAGCUGACACGGUUGGUUUGGUGACCCUGGACCAAAUGAAAGCCAAGCAAGAAAUAAUUGUCAAAGAACGAGAAAAGAAAUUAGCUCAGAAAGAAAAGGAAAAGAAUAAAGAACAGAUGAAGGCACUUGAAGCUAAAGAAGCUGAGAAAUCAAAGCAAAGACGACAGAUUCAAACUCUUUCAUUCAAUAUUGAAGAAGAUGAACUAGAUGACGAUGAAGAUGGUGACUCAUCCUCAGACAAGAAGCAGCCUAAAUGGAGUGAGCAAACUGAACCAGUCAAAAAGAAGAUUAAAAAGAAUCCAAAUGUUGACACAACAUUCCUACCAGAUCGUGAAAGAGAAGAAGCAGAAAAUAAGCUGCGGGAAGAAUUAAGACAACAGUGGGUUGAGAAACAAGCGGCAUUGAAGGAUGAAGAAAUUGAAAUUACUUUCAGUUAUUGGGACGGCAGUGGACACAGAAGAUCAAUCAUCCAAAAGAAAGGAAAUUCAAUUUAUCAGUUUCUUCAAAAAGCUCUUGAGGAAGUUCUUCGCAAAGAAUUUCCUGAACUUAAAGCAGUGUCAGCCGAUCAAUUAAUGUACGUCAAAGAGGAUUUAAUUUUACCUCAACACUACACAUUCUAUGAUUUCAUCAUUACAAAAGCUCGUGGCAAGUCUGGUCCACUCUUCCAAUUCGAUGUUAAAGAUGAUAUACGAAUGAUCUCUGAUGCGACUGUUGAAAAAGAAGAAUCUCAUGCUGGAAAAGUUCUUCUUCGAUCGUGGUAUGAGAAAAGUAAACAUAUUUUCCCAGCAUCAAGAUGGGAGCCAUUUGACCCAACAAAAAGCUAUGACAAGUACACAUAUAAAGAUAAGAAGAAGAACUAGAUAAUAUCUUGAAUUAUUUUAAGGUUUUAUUGACCAUUUAUUGAAUGAAUUACAAAAUAUUUUUAAGAAAGAAAAUUUUGUUUUUAAAUAUUGAUAACGCGACUCAAUUUUUGAAUUCGAUUUAAUAGCAAAUCUCCUUGUUUAAUCGUUGCUUGAUAUUGAUAAUUUUUACUGUCGGGACGAUUAGUUUCAACAAUUUGUCCAACGCGAUCAAUCUUGCAAUGUAAACGACCAGCAGCAAUAAAGCGAGAAAGUUCGGCAUCAAUGUAAUCAACACUCACUCCGAAUGCAUCUGCCAUAUAUGGUAGAGUGAGUGAACGGUAAGAUUCCAACAAUUGAGUGUAAGCAAGAAUUCUCAUUUCACGAACAAAGAAGCGAUAGUGAGGAUUCGCCAUAUAAUCAGCACGUAAAUAAGCUUCAACCUUAGUGAGAUUUUUAAAGAAGUCAGCGUAAUGACAAUUGUAGAAGGAGAAGAGAUAUUCCUUGACGUCAGGGAGUUGAUGUAAAACUUCUUGAAUCUCAGCUCCUUUGAUAACUUUGUCACGUAAUUCAUUUCGUGGUAAGCUGAUCAUAGCCACAUAAACAGUGUAACGAACAAAUGUUGUGUAAUCCAUAAGUUCAUAGCUGGUGAAUGUGCUCACAGUGUCUAAAAAGAAUUGAGCGGCGGCUUUGAAGUCACGAAUUGCGAUUGAGUAAACUCCUUGAUAGACUUUUAAGCGAUUACGACGAUCCCAAUCUCCUCCUUCUUCAAUUAAUGUCUUUGCUUUCUCGAUAUUUCUUGUGAUCAGAUCAUGAUCCAAGAAGAAGAGACCAAUGCGAAUAUUGUGGAAAAUUAUGUCGAGACGAUGACCAAGCGAAACUGUCUUUUCAUAUGUUUUUCUGAAGGCGCUAACUGCUGCAUUUUUAUCUCCAAUGCGACAUAAAUACUCUGAUUUCUUCAAGUUUGCUUCACGUACUUCCAUCUCACCCAAGUUUUUCUCCGCGUCCUCAAUGACUGCAUCCAACUCCUCAAUCUUCUUGGUGUUUUCAGCUUUCAUUCUAUCAAGAAGUUUUUGAUCUACUGGCCAUCCUAACUCUUCACAAACGACCUUAUACCAUGGAGCCAUUUUAUCUGCUUCGAUUUCAUCGAUAACUUUUUUCUUUAAUUCUUGGUUGGUUUUGUUUUCUGGUAAAGUUAGCAGAAAUUUAUACUGAGCAAGUUCUAAUUUUGGAUUUUUUUCUAAUCCUUGUUCUUCCAAGUUUUCGACAGGCAUCUUUUUUAGGGUUUUGCAAAGCUAAAAUAACUUAAGAAUUCAAGAAGUAAACUUUUCAAUUUGUUUUUCGGUGAUUCUGCAAAAAUUUAAUAGAUUGUAUCC